AUGAGUUAUACAUAUUCGCUACCGACGACAGGCGCAAUGUCAUUUGUCGAGUUCCUCAAAGACGUUGGAUCGUACUCGUCCGAAAUUUCUGAUGCAACCGCUCAACGAGGCAGGAUUAGGACAGUACUAAAAGAAUUGAAGAAAGAAGCUCAGGAAGAACGCGACUAUCGUCAUAUUGUGAAUACGAUUGAAGACUAUUUACCAUACCUAAUUAGCGUUAUCAACUGCCUUGAAUCCGGAGAACUCAAGCUGAAAAAGAGUAUUGAGACUUCUUGGCGAUCUACUCUCAGCGACCAUAUUAUUCACACUGGUAGUAAUGCUCCGCGGAUAGCGUGUCAAGACAUCUACUAUGAACUUUUGUUUGUCCUGAUGACCUAUGGUUAUGCAUGUUCUAUGCAAAGCAAUGACAUCUUCAAAACGAUACAAGAAGGGUCUAGUACAGCAUCGGCGCAGUAUAAUAAGGCAGCCGACUCUCUAAAUACGGCAGCUAGUGUGUUCAAUUACGUUGCAUAUGAGGUGAUUCCCAAAUGGAAACAAGCACCUGAGAGUCGACCUGUGGAAACCAUCAAGGAACUGCCGGUCGCACUAUCAAAGAUGGCACUUGCGGAUGCUCAAUACAUUGCGAUCAAUAAGGCCUUAUUAACGGGAAAUGUAUCGAAAUCGCUCGUUGCGAAGCUCUAUAUCGGCGUGGCGGGACAAUAUGAGAUGGCUUAUGGACUUGUUUCAUCCAUCAGUGGAACGCAAGAAGUAUCAACAGAUCUCAAGAAAUACAUUUUCGAUGGAGCGCAGUUUUACAAGGCAAUGGGAAAAAAGAAAAUGGGUGAAGCAGUCGGAUUCCUCCGUGAAUGUAAAGCGGAUUUAAGAUCGAUACAGCACUCGAGUUUGUCUAAACCGCAUUUGCGCAAGUCUGCAGUAGCUUCACGCGCAUUUAAAGAGGAGGAGGCGGUUUCUGAGUUAUUACAAAAAUUCACAAUGAUCAAUGAUACGGUGACAUAUCAAAAUAUACCCUCACGCCAGGACUUGCUGCGGAUUAUUCCCAAUGGUCGAGGUGUUUUGCAAAUGAAACGAUACCAACUUCCGUCUCCUCGAUUCGGUCCCACUCAAGAAGAAGAACAUAGCGCAAACUAUGCACGGUCUGGUGCUUACUAUUAA